AUGUUGUGGAUAUUCUUUUUAGCAACUGCAGAUAAAACAGGUGCUGAUAUCGCAGGCUGUGACUAUUUUGACACUGUCAACCUCAACGAGAGUCUGAGGUAUCCAAACGCCUCGUAUUUGUACGAUGGGCGUCUUCUUAUUCCCGCUGAGCUUACGGCUGAGAUCGAUCACAAAGAGCUGCAGGAUGGCACCAGAGUUCCGGUGGAAAGACACAUGCGGGGAUGUGCCUGUAAGCUGUUCACCUGCCUACGCCUUUGCUGCCAACUGAAUCGGACCCUGGAUAAUGGCCGUUGCAAGCCAAGCGCUAAGCAGAGUCAAAUUCUAGAGGUCAUUCACCAAAAUCGCUCUGGGUAUAUCCUUCAGGACGAUCUCCCUAUGCCGUGCGAUGAUGUGCAACCGUUCUACGAAACAUUGAAACCGGAGCUGCAUGUUCGGACACAACGGCUCUUCUGUGUCCAUCCUUACAAAAUCUCUGAGGAGGACGUAGACAUCAUCAAAAUAGUUUCCCACAACUGCACCAUAUCCAUUGAAGAUCCCCAGAAGAUGGGAAAAACUAUUGCGCUGCAGCUAUCGCUGGUUGGUCUCUUAUGCACGAUCUGCGUGUAUCUUUUUCUGGAGGAACUGCAGAAUCUGCACGGCCAGUGCUUCAUCUGCUUCAUGAUCUCACUCUUCAUUGGCUUCCUUAUGCUCUUGCUUGACCUGUGGAAUCUAUCGCGCAACUAUUGCUUGACGGCAGGCUAUCUGGGCUACUUCUUCGUCAUGGCCGCCUUCCUGUGGCUCUCCGUCAUCAGCUUGGGUCUGUGGAGUACCUUCUGCAGCAGUGGGGUCCAGGCGCGUAACCGGCAUUCAACCAAACGCUUUGUUGUCUGCAACGCCUUUGCCUGGGGAGUGGCGGCGGUACUCACUGGAGCUAUAUACCUCAUCGACAAGUUAGUUAACUCUUCGCAGGAGAAUGAGGAGCAUGAGCUCAACUUUCCUGCGGAUUUUGUUAUACAUUUUCAUAAAUUUAUAGUCUCCAGCUGGUCCGCCAUGAUUUAUUUCUAUGGUCCGAUGGCAGUGUUGAUCGCAUUUAAUCUGGUCGUGUUUGCCUUGACGGCCCAUCGUAUUAUGGUGGUGCAGAGGGAGCUUCGGAGUGUCCACAGACAGGACAAACAGCGGAAGUUCCAAUCCGACACUCAGACUUACAGCUUCUUCCUGCGCCUCUUUAUCAUCACUGGCGUCUCGUGGAGCUUGGAAAUAAUCUCCUACCUAGUGCAGAACGUUGAAGUACUGAGGGAGAUAUUCCUGGUGGCCGACUACUUUCAUUGGUGUCAGGGUAUCAUUAUUUUUGUCCUGUUCAUUCUGAAACCCAGAAUCCUGCGGCUGUGCAAAGAAAGAAAUAGGAAUCGUGAUACUGACUUUUCCAAAGAUGAGAUGACGUCCCUUGAUGGGGUGGAGCCUUCAUCUAUUGGCAAAAUGAGCAGGCUGCAGGAAGUGACCCAGCGGAUAUGGGCCUCCGAUGUGGAUACGGGAAAGAUAGGCUCCUUAGAGUUGAACGCGUGGCUGGCUCAGCUUACGGGAAUACCGCUGGUAGGCCUCCGACCAGAGUCGAGGAUCCAAAGGUUGGGCAUUCUGGUUCGCAGCUUCUUCAUCUUGCCCUGCCUCUUCUGCUACGUGUGCUUGGAGAUCUAUGACCUUGUCCUGAACUGGGCGGAUGUGGACGUUAUGACCCAGAACGUGCUGAUGACACUCACCCACGUGGGCUACUGGGUCAAGGUGCUGAACACCUUUCACCAUUACGAAGAGAUCAAGGAGAUUGUCAGGCAGCUGAGCUGCCUCACCAGGGCCUGCGUGCUGUCUGGCCGCCAGAGGAGCACCUUUCAUGACGUAGAGGUGGAGAACAAGCUGGUUUGUCUGAUGUACUUUUGCCUGGUUGUGUUCUCCUCGUCAACGGCCAUGGUCAUGCUACUUGUCGUGCCCGAUGAAAUGGCCGGGCAGCGGUUUCCGUUCCGCGUCCAGAUGCCUGGAUACCUGCCUCCGCUGGUACAGCAGCUGUACAUGGGCCUGAGUGUAAUCUGGAUCUCCUGCGGCAUUCCCACUAUCGACAACAUGAACGUUCUCUUGAUGAAUCAAAUCUGCCUGCACUUAAAGGUGCUCAACAUGGCCUUUGAUGUCUUGGAAAGGGAUAAGCAAGGACAGCGGCUCCAGGUGGACCCUCACAGCUGGCUCCAGUCGAUCGUCCAGUACCAUUGCAGCCUGAUUAGGCUACGUCAGCGCGUGGAGCGGGUGUACCGCCUGCCUAUGAUGUUCCAGUUCGUGUCCUCCCUGGUAGUGGUAGCCAUGACGGUGUUCCAGAUGCUCGUCGGCGAUGGUUCCAACAGCUCGAUGCUCGUCUACUUUAUGCUCAGCGGCGUGCUCUGCCAGAUUUUCCUCUACUGCUGGUUCGGCAACGAGGUCUUCGAACAGAGCAAGACGCUGUCAAGCUCUGGAUUCCGCUGCGACUGGCUCCAGUUUGAUGUUCGAUUCAGGAGGUGCCUGGUCAUCUUCAUGGUUAACGCGGACCGUCCCUUUUUGUUCACCGCGGGCGGAUUCAUGGGUCUGACCCUCACGAGCUUCACCAACAUCCUGAGCAAGUCCUAUUCGGUAGUGGCGGUGCUGCGUCAGAUGUACGGCAGGUCACAGUAG